CUUACAGCAGCUCUUGCAUCAAACAGUGUGCUUGGAAAGAAAUCAUUUGCUGCAAUUUCUCCAGGCACCACAGCAUCGGUUCAAGUUGCUCAGUUAAGAGAAGGAAAGGACAAUACGACCAUAUGUUUUGCGUACGGUACUGUGUACGGAAAUGUGGAUGCGUCAGCACUACCGUCAUUUCUUACAAUUCAGUUACAGCUGGAUAGCAAAACUAAUGUAGUGACAGAUGCGAUUGUCGAUACUGUCUCAAGUGAGCAUCUUUGA